AGCUAUUCUCUCUCUCUCUCUCUCUCUCUCUCUCUCUCUCUCUCUCUCCCCCUCCCCCUCCACUACAGCUGGACAGAUUGCAUCCUCACAUGUGUAAUCACAGAGGAUUAUCUUAAGGUCUCAUCCUGUCUUGUGCACAGUCUGGAGUUGGGGGGGCGGGGAGGAGAGGGACGCCAAAGAAGAAGAGGAGGAGGGUUUCUAAGCCCCCCCCCCCCCAUACACACACAGACAGACAGACACACACCAGAGAGAGCGAUGAAAGAGGGGAGGACAGAGCCUCAGCAGCGGGUGGAUCACUGUGAAAGGUUUUCUAUGGCAGAGGCCGAGUGUCCUGCACCCUCUUCCCUCUCUGGUCAUACCCUCUUUGAUUCCACACGAUCCUCCAGACCUUCAGAUGGACCAGGUCCUGCCUGUGAGGAGGUCAGCGAGAGCAGUACAACACCACAACAUCCAGCAUCUCCCGGGGCUCUAAGCCCCCCUAAUGAGUCAGGGACAUGUGCACCCUCACACCAGCACCAGGUCUUUGAUGACACGUCAGUUCACAGGAAUCCCUCAGACUCUUUACCUGUGCUAACACAGGGAGCGUCCCUCCAAGCUCCGCGCGGGGACACCGGUGGACGCGUUUACCUUGGAGCAGAUAAGAUUAUCCAAGGGUUUGAGGGUCGGUGUGCGUCACCCUGCAAGCAACCCAUGCAGCUGCAACAGUGCAACUUCAUCACCACUGUUUGCCGAGGAGCCAGUGGAGGCGAUGUUGGUUUCCAGCAGCCUAAGAGCAGGUGUGUCUGCAUCUCAUCCCCCAAGGUGUCGGUCAAAGGUGAGGGUGUAGAAGAGAAAGGCCAUCUUCUCCCUCAGUGUGACAAGCCACUCUGUUACGACGCUUACAAUCAUCACGCCAUUUUUGAAGACACGUUUGCUGCCUACUGCCACCCCCAGCCCAUCCCAGCCUCUUCCCAGCUGUUGCAGCACCUGGCAACCGCAGAGCCGACAAAGCACCUCACCCUGCCUCGCCUCGUCUCCUCUGUCAGCGAGACGGGCCUCGAUGCCAAACAUCUGCUGCGGUGCUGCAAUCUCAACUGCUCCUGGAUCAGCUCUGUGCCUCCUGGUGCCGGCCCACAAACCCCAAAACACCUUAGCAGAGAGGAGUGCUGCAGCAGUGCCAUUGUUAGAACCAGGACCCGGGACGUUGGGACUGUGAUGGCACCAAGGGAGCUGAGGGAUGUUGGAGUGCAGACAGAACAGACUGUCACGCCUCAUGUGUUCCCUCAAAUCUGUCUGACAGAGGAGAGCAGAGGUGAGAGCUCCAGCAGCCGCACGCCGUCGCUGACCAACACCGACUCUGAUGGAGGCAAGAAAACGGACAGUGGGCUCAAGUCCCCAGUGAAGGAGGUGAAGUGGGAUGCAGAGGGGAUGACGUGGGAGGUGUACGGAGCCUCUGUUGACCCGGAGGAGCUGGGUCUGGCCAUCCAGAAACACCUGGAGCUGCAGAUCAGGGAGACAGCGAGCCGAGCCAAGCUGUCGCGCCAGAACACCAACACGUCCCGUCAGAGUGGGAACACCAGCGGUCAGAGGAAGACGAGCAGGCUGAUUGACUCCUUUAGAACCUGCUGCACUCGCAGCACGACAGCUGUCGACUGAAGCUCAAUGAUGGACAGAAGAACAGAACCC